UUCAUGCUUCUCGGCAUCAUCAUCGUAACCAUGGCUUUGUGGGGGUUCAUUGAUAUCAGUCCUCCCCGCUCGCAAUACGACACAGGAAUUCUCCGCCUGUGUCGUCUGCGCGCAUCAUGCCUCCGCGUAUAACAUCCCCAAGCCCCUCGGACAUUAUUCUGUGCAUGCGUGUGAAAGGACCAUGUAGUGUAAAGCAUGGGCUGCCAAUUUCCCAUCCUUCAAAAUCUUGAGUAGCAUCUCUAGUCAGCCCAUAGCAGUAUAUAGACAUAUUUCGGAUAUGCAAUGGCCUGUCUUCGUCUUAACUACCUGUUUGCAGUGGCCAUUCUGGGUUCUGUGGUGUCAUCGGCCAGAUUGAUAGGAAUACCAACUCUUCCUUUCAAUGCCUCGGCCGUUGGACAAUAUCCUGUUUCGGCCAUCAAGUCGAUACUAGUCGAUCGUGCAUUCGCAAACCAUGUAGACCAAUCUGGAGAGACCCUGAUUCCACCAACGCUACGCGACUUUGCUGGCACUUUUGCCUCAGACCUUCACGAUAUUUGGAGGCUUGACGUCAGUGUUUCCGUGGCUUCGGAGCCCGAGCCUCAUGCCAUAUACCUCAGCAUUGCGAAAACACCCUUUUCACGGUAUGCCAAUGGAGUGGCAUCUCCUGAAGGCUAUGCCUUUGAGGUGACAACCUCGGGCAUCAUAGUCCACGGUGCAUCGCCGUUAGGCGUGUGGUGGGGAACUCGUUCACUUAUACAACAGGCCAUUCUUUCCAACGGGAGCCUGCCUCUUGGGAAAUCAGUUGAUUCCCCUGGAUGGAAGACAAGGGGUAUGAUGCUCGAUGCUGCACGCCACUACUACCCUCCCGAGUUUGUUAUCGAGCUAUGCUCAUACAUGAGUUUCUUCAAACAAAACACCCUUCAAUUGCACCUUAGCGACAACCUAUACAACUCUCCCAGAUAUACGCGAGAACAAUCGUUAAGUCUUUAUGCUCGAUUUCGACUAUGGUCAGAUGCACCCGGGGUUGAGGGCCUCGCUCGAUACAAAAAUGAGUCUUACACGAAGAACCAAUUCAAGUCCAUUCAAUCAGAAUGUGUAGCCCGAGGGGUCACCAUAAUCCCCGAACUAGAGGCACCAGGACACGCUUUACCUAUUGUACAGUGGAAACCAGAGUUGGGACUGGCUGACGACUUGUCACUCCUGAACAUCUCACACCCUGAUACUAUCCCGACUAUGAAGACUAUUUGGAGCACGUUCUUGAGCUGGUUUGAUUCCAAAACUGUGCAUAUUGGCGCCGAUGAGUACACUGCUGGAGUCACAGAGUACAAUCGUUUCGUGAACGAAAUGGCCGAGUUCAUACGCAUCAACGGCUCCAAGUCGAUUCGGAUAUGGGGGACAUUCCCACCCAAGCCUGAAUAUGACAACAUCACGACUGACGUCUCUAUCCAACACUGGGAGUUCUUCGAAGACAAUCCGCUCUUCGACUACAUCAAGAACAACUACUCAGUCGUCAACUCCGACGACAUCUACUACGUCGUCAACAAAUACUCGCAAUCCUAUCCCCCAGCGGUCAACAUCGCCAAGACAUUCCACGGAAACCCAGGCGGAGGACCCUGGCAGCCCUACAUCUUCGACACCAACAACGCUACCAAUAACCCGGACCGAGCAAACAAGCACGUCCUCGGCGCCAUCACGCCCCUGUGGAACGACUUCGGCCCUAACGCGACCGUGUACAGCGAGACGUACUACGCGUGGAGAGAAGGCAUACCCGCGCUCGCGGACAAGCAAUGGGGCGGCGACCUGCGCGAGGACGAAUUCGAGGGGGUGUUAGAGGCUUUGCAAGACUAUAUCCCGGGGCAGAAUCUCGCGCGAUCUAUCCCGUCCAAGAGCUCUGAGAUUGUUCAUUACGGCGAAACUUCCUUUACAGAUGUGGAUGUAAUCAGUGAGAAUAUCGCAAAGGAUAAGAAUAUGAUGAUUCGGGAUCUCUCGGGGAACAAGUACCACGCUACCACGGACUGUCCGCGGACACCGCGCAAUACACUGCUUGUGAAUACGUCCUGCGCAUUCAAGACGCCGCUGCAGUCGAAAGGGAGGGAGUACACGCUUUCGAUGAUCGUGUAUGUUGAUGCUGUUGCUGCCGGACGGGAUGCGACGCUUAUUUCUGGCGCCGACUCGGCGCUCAUGCUUACGCCUACUGUGUCGUUGUUCGCUUCGGGGAAUUAUUAUCGGCUGGUGAAUGUCACGCUGCCUGUGAAGACGUGGGUGGAAUUGAGUAUUAUCGCGAAGGGAAAUCAGACGUUUGCGAGGGUUGUGGAGAUGGGGGGAAAGGAUGUAAUAGAGGAGGAGUUUCGCGCUGUGGUGGGUGUCAAUGGGAUGUUCCUUGUUGACGCGGAGAUUGCGGUCGAGGCACCGCUUGCUGAAAUUCGAGGCGAAGGGUGGGAGGGGGAAAUCGGGGGGUUGAUGCUUAGGUCUGUGGCUGAGUAGGGGUGUUUUUGGAUAUCGCAGGGCGGGUGUUUACGAGGCAGGUUGUGAGAUGAGAUAGACGUUGAGCGGGAUGACUCUCGUGGUGUAUGC